AUGUUUAAUGUCUCUGGAAGCCUUGAUGGUGAAGACGAGGCAUGCUAUUUCCUGACCAGAGCAGGUGGCGGAACCAUCCUGGGUGGCUACUAUCAAAAGGGAAACUGGAGAUCUCAGGUUGAUCCAAACCUUGCCAUGCGCAUCAUGAAAAGAGCGACCGAGCUUUUCCCGCAGCUGACCAGUGGCAAAGACAUUGAGCAUCUCAAUAUCAUUAACAUAUUGUGGGUCUGA